AUGUGGCAGCCCUGCGUUCCUCAAAGCCCUUCCCAGCGCUCUCAUUGGCCCAGGGACUGUGAGAAAGUCCAACAAGCCCAAGACCCACACAUUCAUAUGGAGAUGUGGGCGUAUAAAUACAGGGCCGAGGCAGAGGAGAAGGCAGCUCAGACUCCACUGGCUCUUCAACAGGAACACUCUGACACUACAGCGAUGGCUCCCACUGUUUUUGGACAAGCAAGCUACUCUAAGGAGCAUCUCACUCCUGCUCAUAAGCUGAGAAAGCCGAUGGUUGAGAAACUGCGCAGAGACAGAAUCAACAUCUGCAUCGAGCAGCUGAAAUCUCUGCUGGGCCCAGAGUUCCUCAGGCAGCAGCCCGACUCCAAGCAGGAGAAGGCUGACAUCCUGGAGAUGGCUGUGUCUUACAUGACAGGCUGGCAGCAGCAGAAGCAGCAGGUCAGCUUGACCUCUGGUCCGACCACAGCCAGCGACGGCUACUCCCGCUGUGUGCAGGAGGCCGUCAGCUUCCUCUCCCACUGCGAUGUCCAGACCCAGGCCCACAGGCGGCUGCUCAGCCACUUCCAGGGCCUGCAGGGGUCCAGCAGGAGCAGCCGCAGCCCCGGCAGCCCUUCACCUCCCGGCUCUCCUCACCACCAAGUCAGCUCCAACAAGGGUGUGAGCCAGGCCAGCUGUGGUCUGUGGAGGCCCUGGUAG